UAUUUGGGGGUUUGUGGAAUGGUCUUGUAUGAGUGUGGUUUCUAGGCUUUAUACUAUCGAAAAUACAGCAGCUAGCGGGAGAAAGAUUUCAAUCGAAGAGAUCGCAUUGAAGCAAUAACCUAGGGCAAGCGCGAGAAAAUUCGCAGCGGAGAAGACCGGUUCAAGCCAUCGCAGGGUUUCGAUGAGAUUGAGAAAGCAAAAACGUCAUCGUAAGAUCGUGAGGUUCUACACAGCUUGCUUUGGCUUCCGAGAGCCUUUCAAGAUUCUUUGUGAUGGAACUUUUGUACAUCAUCUUCUUGCCAAUGAUAUUACUCCAGCCGAUACUGCACUUUCAAACACUCUUGGUGCCUCUGUUAAAAUCUUUACUACAAGGUGCGUUCAUGAAGAGUUAAAAAGCCUUGGCGAAGGCUAUACAGAAUCUCUUAAGGCAGCUCGUAACCUCUUUACUGCAAGAUGUGACCAUGAGAAGAGAAAGAGUGCCGUGGCUUGCAUCACGGAAAUUAUUGGAGAAGACAAUGCCGAACACUUCUUUGUUGCUACUCAGGAUGCUGAUUUGCAGAAGAAGUUCCAAAUGGUACCCGGUGUGCCUGUAAUAUUUGGUUUGCGAAAUGCCUUACUCCUCAAGCCUCCAUCUUCAUAUCAACGUGAAUUUGUCAAAUCUACUGAAGAAAAACGCUCACACAUGUCUGAAUUGGAAUAUAAGAUGUUAAGAACGAAGAAAAAGGUUAAGUUGGCUGUGGAGGAAGUGCAGGAAUCUUCUGAUGUAAAUGAAAGAAAAGUUGAUCAAGCUUUAGAAAACCAGGAAACAAUAAUGAGCAAAAAUGGAGGAAAGAGAACAGAAGUGGACAGAAUUCAGUUCAAGAGAAAGAAAGCCAAGGGUCCUAACCCACUCUCUUGUAUGAAGAAAAAGAAUCACGGGCAUGCAAAUCUUGUUUCAGAAAAGGAAAUGAAGAAUAGCGAGGAGACCAUGAGAACGAGUCGCAGGAAAAGAAAAAGACCCCGUACAGGCAAAAAAACUUGAAGAGGUGAGUGGUUAGGACUUAUUGGGAUCGCCGUGGAAAAAGCAUGAGGUUUGUUGUGAAUGCUUCUCUCACGCUCUGCUGUCUCUAUAGUUUCAAUGACUGGAAAUAACACAAACCGAGAUGAGAUGCAUGACGGUUAAGGUCUCUUCUUCUCACAGCUAAUCAUGUUUAAUUCUACUUUCUUUUU